GUGUAAAGUGAAUGUCAAAUCGUUAAGAAGAAGCAUUCUAACCUUACAGCAUUGAUUUUUGCCAGCGGAUUUUCCAAAGAAGAUUGUGAAAAUGUUCCAAAACAGUGCUGCCCGCCUCCUGGUCCCCGCUAUCCGUAGCGCCAUGCAGAGCCGUUGCCAGUCGGUCGUCUCCGGACCACCAACCCAGCACGUCUCCACCGCCGAGAAGGUGAUCCUGGGCGGCGGCAUGUGCGCUGCAUCCCUGUUCAUCCCCGCCUGGGUGCUCUACCACAUCCGGGACUACAAGGGAGAGAAGUAAUCUGGAUUCGUCACCCCAAUAGUUAAUACCAAUGUAAAGUAAAAAGUGUCAAUACGGGAAUAGUGCCCCUGAGAUGGGGAAAUAAACCACAAUGGAUUUAAACACAAA